AUGUCCGACACCGCGGCCAAUGCGCCGGCCACCGCCGCUGCUACUGAGUCGAAACCCAGUACUUUUCUCGACAAGCUGUCCAGGUUCACAAUUGGCAAGGACAGAGGCGAAUUGCCUGAGAAAGAUACCGGGGCCGCAUCAGAUGGAAGUGAGAACGCUGCUGCGGCAGUUCCUUUGACGAGAUGGCAAAAGGUCAAGAACCAUUUCCGACGGUUCUGGAUUAUCCAUCUUGUUAUAGUGAUCAUUAUCGCGGCUAUUAUGUUGCCAAUUCUCUUCAUCUACAUCAUCCCGCGCAUUGCCCAGGAUCUGCUGAACUCGGGGUCCAUCGUCAUCGACGGCGCGUCAAUCUUGCAACCCACUAGCAAGACCGUCAUGCUCAAGGUCGAGUCGCAUGUCUACGUACCAGGCCCCUUCACCGUCCACACAGAACCGCUGCAUCUGAACAUGUUUGUGCCGCAAGUUGGCUCCGAGUACCCCAUGUCUGUGCUUGAGCUACCGGAAAACAAAAUCCACAAGAACACCAGCAUGGACACCAAUGGAACUAUACUCACCCCGUUCGUAAAUUACACCUCGUGGCAGAACUUUGUUCACAACACUAUUUUCCUGGACGCUGGUGGGCUGGGUUUGAAAGGCACCGUGCCGACAAGGCUGGGCAAGAUUAAGAAGUUUGACCUUGACUUGGAUAAGAAUGUUCCCUCUAAAGGAUUGAACGGGUUCAAGGGAUUUACCAUUGAUUCAGCCCGCCUGCAACUUCCCGCCGAAGCCGAUGGUAGCAACCUGUUUGCCAAUGCAACCUUGCCUAACCAGUCUGUUCUGACUCUGGAAAUCGGCAACACUACUGUCGAUAUUCUGAGCGGUGACCUUGUCAUUGGUACCGGUUUUAUUGAUAGUCUCUUCCUCAAACCUGGAAACAAUUCAUUCUCGAUUCGCGGCACGGCCAACCUCACCACUCUGCUGCACAACAUCGGCCCGAUCAUGGCAUACCAGGGCCAAUAUAUCAAAAACGGCUACCUGCAGUUGACGACCCGCGUCACCAACAUCAAAUACAACGGCACCACCGUACCGUACUACACCGAAGAGAUGGGCAAGCUCCCACUCGUCGCCGAGACUCCUCUGCUCGGUCUCUUGCUCAACACGGUCAAGGGCCUCCUCAGCGGUAGCGCGGUGAACAAGACUCUAGUCCAGGAGGUCAAAGCCAAAAUCAACGAAAACCAUGCCGACCUCCACAAGCGCUGGGCCGACGUAGCGGACAAUUCCACCGAGUUGGAACUGGUUGCUAAGCGUCAUAUAGAGGACCUGAUGCGGUGGUCGGCGUAG